AUGACUCAGUUAGGGUCUAUGAUGGCAAGUGCUAUGUUCGUGUGGGCAAUCUUUCAGCAAUGGUUCCCAGAAGAGCUUAGUAAGCAUAUAGAAAAAUAUAUUCGUAGACUUGUGAGUUUCAUGAAUCCUUAUAUCACCAUUAGUUUUCAUGAAUACCAAGGAGAUGAGUACGAGCGCAGCAAGGCAUACAAGGCCAUCGAACGAUACCUUAGUUCCAACUCCUCCAAUGGAGUUAAACGGCUCAAAGCGAAUGUUAUUAAAAACAGCAAAUUUAGAUCCGUUUUCUUAAGCAUGGAAGACUACGAAGAGGUGAUAGAUGAGUUCCAAGGCAUGACAAUCUGGUGGAGUUCGAGCAAAAUCAUCCCCCAACAUCGGGCUCUCAUUGCUUAUAACGAUGGUGACGAGAAGCGAUACUACCAGCUCACUUGCCAUCGCAAACACAGAGACGUAAUCACCAAUGUUUACGUGCCCCAUGUGAUUGAUGAAGGAGAGGCCAUUGCAAAGAAAACCAGGCAACGAAAGCUCUAUACCAAUGGCAAGGGGACCUCGUGGAGCCACAUCAUAUUCGACCACCCUUCAACGUUUGAUACUCUUGCAAUGCAUCCGGAAAAGAAGAAGGAUAUUUUGAAUGAUCUUAUGAGCUUCAUCAAGUCGAAAGACUACUACAAGAAGGUGGGAAAGUCGUGGAAGCGAGGAUAUCUUCUUUAUGGCCCACCAGGAACUGGAAAGUCUAGCAUGAUCGCUGCUAUGGCUAACCUUCUUGAUUACGACAUCUAUGAUCUUGAAUUAACCUCCGUUAAUGAUAACACGGAUUUGAGGAAGCUACUAAUCCACACAUCAAGUAAGUCUAUAAUUGUGAUAGAGGACAUUGACUGUUCACUUGAUCUUACUGGUGAAAGAAAGGAGAUCAAGAAGGGAAAGAAUACUGAGGAGGAGAAGAAUCUAGUUCACAAAAAGGAAAAGGUUAAGAAGAAAAAGGGAAGUGAAGUGACCUUAUCGGGGCUGCUGAAUUUCAUUGAUGGGUUAUGGUCGGCUUGUGGUAGUGAGAGACUCAUCGUGUUCACUACAUACCACAUUGAAAAGCUUGACCCUGCUCUGAUUAGAAGAGGAAGGAUGGACAAGCAUAUUGAGCUCUCCUUCUGUUGUUUCGAAACAUUUAAAGUGUUGGCAAAGAACUAUUUGGAUAUUGAAUCACACGACUUGUUUCCAUCCAUCAGUCGGCUGUUGGAGGAAACGAACAUGUCUCCAGCAGAUGUUGCUGAAAAUUUGAUGCCAAAGUCAGCUGAUAUCAAGAAUGCUGAGAGUUGCUUAAAAGACCUAAUUAAAGCUCUAGAAAAUGUAAAAGAAGAAGCAAGGCUGAAAGCUGAGAGAAAGAGUUGA